AUGAACAAAAUAUACAAGAACAAGAAAGGGAAGGAUAAAAAUAAUAACAAACCCAAGCCAUUAAAAAGGAAUAAACAGCCAGUGAUCCAGUGUAUUCGAUCUGUAGAUGAAUUCAAAUAUCUCAACAGAAUCGAUGAAGGAGUUUUCGGAGUUAUCCACUCAGCCAAGGACAAACGGACAGGAGAACUUGUUGCCCUCAAACAGCUUAAAAAAAUUAAUGAAAGGGAAGGGUACUCCAAAGCCGCUCGGAGAGAGUUACGGAUAUUGUUGAAAGUGCAGCAUCCCAAUGUGGUCGCAGGCCAAGGAAUAGCGUCGAGUGCCAGAAGCGACCACGUGUUUAUAAUCAUGGAGCUCAUUGAAUACGACUUAAAAUCGUUCUUGCAAACAAUGCAUACCAACAGGCAAAUGUUCUCAGUACAACACGUGAAAUGCCUGAUGACGCAACUGCUAAGCGCUGUACAACACCUACACAACCAUCACGUGAUACAUCGCGAUCUAAAAACCAGUAACAUCUUGUUAACCGACGAAGGUGUACUGAAAGUGGCAGACUUUGGAAAGGCCCGAGAAUUUGAAUGCCCUCCUCGGCAAUAUACGCCGGCUAUAGUUACGCGCUGGUACCGUGCGCCUGAACUACUACUGCUUUUAAAAGAAUACUCUGCUCCUGUAGACAUGUGGAGUGUUGGAUGCAUAUUUGCUGAAUUAAUUACUUUGCGGCCACUGUUUCCCGGCACAACUGAACUGGAUCAGAUAACUAAAAUAUUCAUGGAUUUGGGGACGCCUUCAGACACGAUUUGGCCCGGUUACAGCGCAUUACCAAUGGUAACAAACAUCAUGUUCGAUAACUAUCCACCGGGCGGGUUGCGGAAAAAGAUAAGUCGGAAAUUGCUGUCUACAGACGGUUUAUCUUUACUGCAAGGUCUUUUAACCUAUGAUCCUGCAAAAAGAACAACAGCAGCCGCUGCUUUAGAGCACGCGUAUUUCAAGGAGCAUCCGGUGGCGAUGGAGCCCGCCAAGUUCCUGACGACUCCCGUUUGCUGA